AUGCCUCGCGCGCGCAGUUCUUCCUGCUGCCCAAGAGGGCAAAAGCUGACGAUCGCAACCCUGUGGUUGAUUUGCUUGAUGUCCUGCUGGGUGCUCUGGAGGACAGGAUGGCAGCACGAGAAGAUCGCAUCCAAAGGUACCUCAGUCCGAACUAGACCUUUGGCCACCUACGUCAACCUGGGCGACCCCGACGAUGGCGAAGAAGAAGAGGCAGAGAGUGAAGUCAAGGAGAGAAACCUGAAGAACCAGGCGGAGGAAGCUGGCCCUUCCGUGAUACCGCACGGUGCCGAAAAGGUCGAAGAGGACGACGACUUGCCAGACGAGGCGCACGCGAUUCCGGCUGCUGGCCCAGAGUGCCACCUUUUCACGCUCUGGGAGUACCCGAAAGGUGCACCGACUUAUGUCCGCCUGAAUAUUGAGUCCUGGCGCCGGCACUCCCAUGGCCGCUGUGGGGAGCCGAUCUUCCUGAAUGAGAAGAACCUCCGGGAGUACAUCCCCGACCUGCCGGAGGAGUACUUCAAACUCCCAUACCAGGCUUGCAAGUCGGAUGUGGUCCGGUAUGCCGUUAUCUACCAUCAUGGUGGGAUCUACAUGGACACUGACUUCCUCGUGGUGCAGGAUUUGGAUCCUGUCAUCGACGUGCUCAACCUGGACUUGGUUUCAUACUCUGGAAGCAAUCCUAGAGGAGGCAAGGAGUGCCCUGCUUCCUUCAGCUCGAACUUCCUGGGCGGUCGGAAGGGGAGCCGCUUUCACAAAGCGGUCUACGAUGCACAGAUCGAGAAGAUGCGAGACUUCUGCCCGGUCUCUGAGAAGGGCAAGCUCGUGAAUGGCAAGGAGCGGUUCUGCUGCUUUGAGGAGAAGGGUGUUCUGUGCGAUGUGCCAUGGGCUUCCAUCGGGGAGGGCGUUUCUCACGAUGUCCUCAAAAGGCUCAAUGCCGGGCCGGACCGCAUCACUUCCCACUGCUUUGCCGGAGACGAUUCGUUCGUUCCUAACGACAUGGAAGGGGUGCUGCUGCACGCGCCGCUGAUCGACGACGCUCAACGAAGGUUCGGCAGACAGGGUGUUCAGAAACCGCUGGAUCGAAUUGCGUAUCACCUUUUCAACUCGAUGACCUCUCUGCAGUCCUGGUCCUGCAAGCGCCUCUCCAGCAACACCACCUUGGUCAGCGCACUUUACCUCAGGAGCUUCACUACUGGGGCUGGCUCCAAGACCGUCACCGGCCUGGAAGCAUCUGAGUUCCUACGCCUGAAUGCAGACUUUCGCGAGCACAGCAGACCCUUGGUGGGGGGAAGCACCGUUCCGUGCACGCAGCGCGACCAAUUCUCCAACGUGGCCGAGAUGCUACCUGCGCCAUCUGGAAGCGCAGACAGUUCGAAGUGCAAGGUCUUCACGAUGGCUUACCCUGAUGCGGAUGGCAUUCCCCUUGCAUUCCACUUGAACGUGAAUUCUUGGCAGCGCCAUACCCGCGAUGUUUGUGAUGAUCCAGUCCUUAUCAACGACACCAAUGUGAAGUACUACAUCCCGGAUCUGCCGAAAGAGUACUUCCAGCUGCCCGGGAGCCAGGAGAAGCUGGACUUGAUCCGACACGGCUUGAUCUACCAUCAUGGAGGGAUGGUGCUCCAGUGGGAUGUUGUGUUCCUUCAAGACCUGAAUCACGUGGUGGAGAAAAUUUGGCAGCAUGACUUGGUCUCGUCUGAAGAGCGCAAGCAGGGCGAAAGCAAUUCCUGCGGCGACUCCUGGCAGAUUCUCUUUACUGCAGGCAAGAGGGGCAGCCUCCUCCAUGCAGCCAUGUGGUUAGCUGCCAAAGAUGCUGUUCUCAACCACUGUCCUCUUUCCGACAAGGACAAGGAGAAGCUCUGCUGCUUUAACGGUCCGCACAACUGCCACAUCCCUGGCGGAUCCUUGAGCGAGUUGUCGAUGAGGAUCAAGAAGGAGUUCGAGGGUGACGAUCAGGCAUUCUCGUCUUACUGCUACACAGAGGGCGAGUCAUUCCGCCCGGCUCUGUUUCAACAGAUUCUCGACCACACUCCUUUGGCUGUGCCUGGGCGUCUUCGCUUCAAGGACGAACACCACCGACAGAUCGAAGACACGCUGGCCUUGUUCAUCCCUCUUUCGAUGACCCAAGACAUGAAGUGCAAGGACCUCUUCGAUCCCAACAAGGUCAUCGGCCUGGUCUAUUCAACGAGCUUUGGAGUCCAAGACGACGGCGAGGAGAACCCGCACUGCAAGCGACCCAGUGCCGUCAGGUCGAUGGCCGAAUCGCUGCCCCUACCGGCGGGCGAUGAAUCCACCAUGUGUCGGAUUUUCUCACUGCAACUCCCUGACUCGCCCCUUGCUGCCCAGAUCAAUCUGGCAUCCUGGAAGCGGCACAUGCCUCCAUGUGCAAAGACCGUUCUCAUCAGUGACGAGAAUGUGAGACAGUGGCUACCAGACCUUCCCGAAGACUACUUCCACUUGCCCGGCCCCGAGGAGAAGCUGGAUUUCCUUAGGCAUGGGCUGAUCUUCCACCACGGCGGCAUCGUCAUGCGCAGGGAUGUAAUUGCUGCCGAGAGCCUGGAAGCGACCAUGACUCUGGCAUCUUUGGUGGAUCUACUGUCGUCGGCCGAAGAGAACACCGGCGAUGAGGUAACCUGCAGUGGCUCGUUCCAAGCAUCCCUACUACUGGGUGGGAAGAAGGGCAGCACCUACCACGGAGUAGCGUGGACGCUCGCUAAGAGAGCCAUAUCGAAGCACUGCCCUCCAGAAGAUCGCAGCAAGGAGAUCAUUUGCUGCUUCGAGGGCGAUUCGCAGUGCCACAUUCCAGGUGGCAGCCUUGGCGACGGCCACUCGAGCAAGGUGAAGCGGAUGUUUGAGGCCGCGGAUUUGCCGCUGGACUCACGCUGCCUUGCUCGGCAAGAGUCUAUUCGCCCAGCAUACUUCCAGUUUGUCUUGGACCACAAGAAACAGCUUGCAGAUGCCAACGAGUUCUUCAAGUCGGAGCGACACAUGCAGUUGCUGAACAGGACCGCCUUCUACAUCCCUCUUGCAGAAGUCAGGGAUCGAGCCUGCCCCAAGUUCUUCGAGACCAAAACGGUUGUCGGGGCCGUCUACUCCAAGAGCUUCGGUCACUCCGACGAUGACUUCUGCCCAUUCUAA